UCUCAUCGAAGCCCCGCCCCCGCGUUCAGACCGCAGACUGCUUGUGGACCGGGAGCUAACAAACCUUGGCGGAUUCCGGCAGAUAUCGAUCAGGGAUCGGUGAUUGAUUGGUCCUCUUGGACUCUCUGGGAUGUCCCGCUUGUUGGAGGGAAAGAAGGCGGACAAGAUGAAAGACAUGAACGCAAAGAACAAGGAGAAGGAGCGUCAGAAGGAGCGAGAGAAGGAGGCUCGUUCCAGCAAAGGUCAUCUCUUCACUUCGCUCACCGUCUCCUCCACCACCUUGUGUUCCUCCUGUAACAGAAGCAUCACCGCCAAGGAGGCGCUCAGCUGCCCUGCAUGUAACGUCACCAUCCACAACCGCUGCAGGGACAGUCUGGCCAGCUGUGCCAAGAUGAAGCAGAAGCAACAGAAGCUGGCGAUGGCGAGGAACAGUUCUGCUCUUCAGAACGUUGCGCUGCGGAACAAAACACCGACGGUGAAGGAGCGUCCCAGCUCGGCCAUCUACCCCUCAGACAGUCUUCGCCAGUCUUUGCUGGGAUCACGCCGCGUCCGCUCGGGUCUCUCGCUCGCCAAGAGCGUCUCCACCAAUAACAUCGCCAAGGCGAGCGAGGACUCUGUGGGUCUCCGGAGGAUUUUGUCUCAUUCGACCGAGUCUCUGAACUUCAGGAGCCGGACUUUGUCCAUGGAGUCUCUCACUGACGACGGAGAGUGGUUUUGGAGUCCCCUGCUGGAGCAGCUGCAGGUGGAGGGUCGCAGUGUCCAGGCUGACAGUUGGAGUCUGGUGGUGGAACCCAAGUUCCUGCAGACGCUCCACAAAGACGUCAUCAAGCAACAGGACGUCAUUUACGAGUUGAUCCAGACCGAGUUUCACCACGUGCGGACGUUACGGAUCAUGGAGGGCGUGUACAGGCGGGGGAUGCAGGAGGAGGUGAUGCUGGAGGCGGGCGUGGUCCACACCAUCUUCCCCUGUCUGGACCAGCUGCUGGAGCUCCACUCCGCCUUCCUGGCGCAACUUUUGGACAUGAGGAAGCGCGGCCAGGUGGAGGGAAGCUCCACCAACUUCAUCGUGCCCAACAUAGGAGAGCUGCUGCUUGCACAGUUCUCAGGUCAGUGUGCAGCAGACAUGAAGAAGGUUUAUUCGGAGUUCUGCAGUCGUCAUCCCAAAGCGGUGAAGCUCUACAAAGAAGUUCUGCUGCGGGACAGAAGACUGCAGCAGUUCAUCAGGCGUGCCUGUCGGGGUCCUCUGCUGCGUCGCCAUGGCGUCCAGGAGUGCAUCCUGCUGGUCACCCAGAGGAUCACCAAAUAUCCCGUUCUUCUUCAGAGGCUCCUGGACAACACCAAAGGCAACCAAGAGGAGGCGCAAGCGCUGAGCCAAGCUCUGCUCCUCCUCAAGGACCUCAUCAGCUCGGUGGAUCAGGAGGUUCUGGAGCUGGACCGGACCAGGAGGCUGCAGGAGAUCCAAGCCCGCCUGGACCAUCGGUCUCAGGCCGAGGUCCGGGGCGGAGGCGUGUUCCGAGGAGGAGAGCUGCAGCGAAGGAGGCUUCUCCAUGAUGGAAUGCUGCUCUGGAAGGUCCAGGGCUCCAGGAUGAAAGAUGUUCGGGUGCUGUUGAUGUCGGACAUCUUGGUUUUCCUUCAAGACAAAGACCAAAAGUUCACGUUUGCGUCCUUCGACAAGUCUCCUGUGGUGUCUCUGAACAAGCUGAUCGUCAGAGAUAUAGCCAAUCAGGAACGAGGGAUGUACCUGAUCAGUGACUCCACCCCCCCGGAGAUGUACGAGCUCCACGCUUCCUCCAAAGACGACCGCCGCACGUGGAUGACCAGAAUCCAGCAGGCCACACUCAGUUGUCCGUCCAGAGAAGACUUCCCUCUGAUCGAAACAGAGGACAAAGCUCUCCUGCGACGUCUGAAAGCCGACAUCCUGCAGAAGGACCGUGAGGUGCUAGAGCUCCUGCAGGAGCGCGUCACUCUGUUCGCCGAGCUGGCGGAGGCGACAGGAAGAGGCGGGGCAGGAGACGGCGGCACGUCCUCGCGUCCCUCCAACCGGAACCUGUUUCGGACGGACGCCGCUCACGCUCCUCCCUCCGAGCCGCUGCUCACCGCCGCCAUUUCCGAAGUGGACAAACUGAGCCUCCUGUUGGCGGGGUCCAGCAUCACUAAAGCGCCGGUCGCUAACGGCAACCAGGAGUUAACCAACGGCGAAACCUCGUCACUCAACGGUUCUGUGGACCUAAACAUCAACUCUUCUAAGGACUCAAACGGAAACCAGGUUCAGGAGAGGACGCUAAAAGAGGAAGUGUGUCAGCGUCUGGUCAGUCUGAGCACGCAACUCCACGCCCUGCAGGCGGCGGUGAUACGUCAGGACUCCACGCUGGAACUGUUUGUCCGGUCGAGCCCGGCCACGGGCCCGACCGCCGGCCCCAACACCGGACCCCGUCUAUGUCGCUCCGUGUCGCGGGACACGGGGCUUGACGGCGGCGGCGAAGUGGCGUGCUUGAAGCGGCAGGUGGAGCUUCUACAGGAGGAAGUGACGCGGCUGCGCCUCAAGGAGGAAGCACCCCCAAAGGAAGAGGCGGAGCCGGGCAACAGGAGGAGGAGCAACGGCUGUGACGUCGUCAAAGGGGAACAGCUGAGGAGGAGGCGGGGUAGCAGAGAGCAGGAGCCACACCCCCUCGCCCCAUUGGCCACUCAUGACCCGGUCGACCAAUUAGACGGCCUUCAGGAAGCAGACGGGGAGGAUGUGGUGAAGAUCUCUCCUCGCGCUGACAGUCCCAGAGACCUGCAGGACAUUCCGGAAGAAAGCGAGUGCGGAGCAGAUCCCAGUUAAUGUCUCACUGUGACGUCACCGUGAUGUCACCGCUGUCCUGAUGUCAUUUCCUGCUUCGGAAAAAAAAAAGGAGGUCUGCGACUUCAAACAGGAAGUGUGUCACCGGAGUGGGCGGAGCUAACGACUUGGUCCAAACGCCACUAAAACAGAGAUUUGGUCAGGUGACUACAUGACCCACAACACGGACACUACUUAUUUAUUUAGUCAGUGUGGUUUGUAGGAAGUACAUUUCAUGCAUGAAGUCCACGAAACGGUGGCAACGGCCUCGCUGGUGCUGAUCAAUUCAUAGAAUAGCGGAAAGAAAGUAAACGCUAACGAGGACAGAGAAGGCGGGAGAUGGUUGACGUCCUCUUCAAGAACCGCAUGGACGGGUCACAUGACGCAACUUGAAGGCAAAAUGUCUCUUUUAAGUGUCGUCUUCAUCAAGCUGGAACCUUUUUUUUGUUAGUUUUGUUUUAUUCUCAGGACAAUUGUGUUUUUAAGUCUUGAUAAAAGAUCACCGAACUGCUGCAUGCUGCCUCGAACUACUUUUCACGCCUUAAAGGGACACGCCUGUCUUUGACACAGUGACUUGCGAUACCGGUCCGAUACGUUGUGCAAAUAUACACCGAACGUGUCUGCUGAAUUUUAAAACCCUGUGUAUUUUCAAAUACCGUAUUUCCUUGAAUUGCCGCUGGGGCGCUAAUUAAUUUAAAACCUCUUCUCACUCCUGCGCUUACCGAAGGCAUGCAGUAAAAGUAAGCAUGCGCUAAUUAUUUUAAAACCUCUUCUCACUCCGGCACUUACCAAAGGUAUGCAGUAAAAAUUUGAGUGUGAUGUAAGCCUGGACCUUAAAUCCUACUGAAUAGCUCUUAAUCUUCUUCCCUUUAUGCGAUUUCAAAUUACCGGUAUUGAAAUCAGCCUCCUCCAUUUUGAAAAUGACGACAGGGGAAGUGUCACUCGUGACGUCACGAGUUUGACCAGGCGGUAAUACUAAGCAUGCGCUAAUUAUUUUGGGAAGCGAGUUUGACCCGGCAGUAAUUCAAGGCAGCCGCAUACUAUAUGCCCUGCGGCAAUUCAAGGAAAUACGGUACAUACCGAACGUGUCUGCUGAAUUUUAAAACACUUUGUAUUUUCAAAUAUCUAUCUUAAAAAAAAAAUCAUAAAUGUAAGAAAAAAGUUUUUCAAAAUUGGAAUGUAAUGAGAAAAUGCUGACUUGUCUUUUAAACAAUUGUAUAUUUGGUUUUUUUUACAUAUACAGUCCAGAAAUACAAUUAAACACAUUUAAAAUGUUCUUUUUUUUCUCCCCAAACAAGUAACCCGCUAAAUUAUAUAUAAAAUAAAAACACAUAAAUAUUUAUAACACAAUUUUGUGUUUAGAGAUAAAUAUCUUUUUUUUUAGCAUUUUAAAAGAAAUAUCAAAACGCCCCCCCAUACCCGACUUUUCAGUCAAGCUACGUAUAUUAUUUUUGUGCACCCCUAAUAAUAAUAUACCUACUUAUAACAUAAAAGUUUGUAUUUAAACAUGUAAUAUCUGUUUUAAGCAUUUUUCAAAAAAUGAAAAAAAUUGUCAAAAUGGUCCCUGUUGACAUUUAGUUUUCAGUAUACGGAAAAAGUGGUGUAAAAAGUUUUUGGACACACCUCAUCUGAAAUAUUAUAAGCUCUUGAAAUAAAGAUAAAUAAAUAAAUAAAUGGGUUGUACUUGUAUAGCGCUUUUCUACCUUCAAGGUACUCAAAGCGCUUUGACACUACUUCCACAUUUACCCAUUCACACACACAUUCACACACUGAUGGAGGGAGCUGCCAUGCAAGGCGCCAACCAGCACCCAUCAGGAGCAAGGGUGAAGUGUCUUGCUCAGGACACAACGGACAUGACGAGGUUGGUUCUAGGUGGGAUUUGAACCAGUGACCCUCGGGUUGCGCACGGCCACUUUUCCACUGCGCCACGCCAUCCAAGAUAAAAUAAAAAUAGUCAGUUAAUUAAAGAAAAUAAUACUAUUGAAUGCACCUGGGGAUUGGCAACACUAAAUUAGCCCUAGUGUGUGAAUAUGAGUGUGAAUGUUGUCUAUCUGUGUUGGCCCUGUGAUGAGGUGGCGACUUGUCCAGGGUGUACCCUGCCUUCCGCCCGAAUGCAGCUGAGAUAGGCUCCAGCAACCCCCCCCCCCCCCCCCCCGGACAAGCGGUAGAAAAAUGGAUGGAUGGAUGGACAACAACAAUAAUAAACACUGUUUAUUGUGUAAGUGAACAUUAAUAUUUUAAACAGACUUUUUGACACAAUAGGUUAUGUAGUUGCAAAAUCACAUUAUUAUUAUUAUUAGAAGUAGUAUUAUCAUCAUCAUAAUUAUAUUCUUGGGGUGGGAAACAACAGUAAAAUAUUCAAAAAAGAGCAAAGAAUCGAAAUGUAUGGAGAAAAAGAUGAAAUGUUUGAAUCAUUUAGAGUAAUGUAUUAGUCAACUAUUUUACAAAGCUGACACAAAGUGUGUCUUUAAAUAUAUGUAUGUAUAUAUAUGUUUUAGCAAUUUUAAUAAAAAUAAAAAAUAUAUCAAAACGGCCCCUCUGUACUUAGACUUUUUCAGUAUGAGGCCCUUGUCGGACCCCCCUGUUAUAUACAAUCAAAAGUAUACAAUUGUCCAUAAACAAAAUUGUUAGCAUUUGACAAUAAUAAUGUUGAAUAGCAGAAAAGUUGACAUUAACUGUGGCCCAAUUAAGCACUAUAAAGUAAUAAUAUUUAAUAACAAUCCAAGGUGACUGAACUUAAUUAUCUUAUAUAAGAAAAAUCAAAUUGACUUUCAAUCUUUAUUAGCAAAUAUGGAACAUGUUGAAGUGCAGUUUAAUCUCUAGUUGGAAAAUCUGGGUGGGAGGGUUUGUUUUGUUGUCUAUUUUGUUGUCAAUUGCAAUUGUAUGACAUUUUUAAUGCUUCUGGACAUUGCAUUUAAUGUUUUAGUGCCAUUUAAGCCCUUAUUUUUUGUAAAAUCAAUUUCUUGCACGUAAAAAUGUGACAAAUUAAGUAAGUAACACUACGGUGUAACUUUCAGGGUCAUUUGCUGUGUUUUCUGUCGCAGGCUGUAACCAGGAACCAUUUAUUAUUUUUUUAAAUUCAUAAAUUGUAAAGAAAGUCAAAUUGAAAAUGUAACUUACAACACGGUCAGUGUAUGUUGUGGUCAUUGAAUGCUCUUUUCAUCAAUAGAAAUUGGAAAAAAAACAACAACCUGAUUUGUUUAUUUGAAUUUAAUUUCAAAAAGCAAAAAAGGAAGUAAAGGGAAAAAAAUAAGUUGUUUUUUUGGUAUCGAUGAGCAACAACAACAUUAAAAAACGGUUAGUUUUAUGAUAGAAACAAAUAAUUCCCGAGUAAAACAGAAAACGGAAAAACAGAUGUUUUUUUUUCAUUUGCAACCACCGGACAUUUUGGUUUCAAAGUAAAAGCUGCACAUACAUUGCCUGCUUUUACUUUGAAAUGAAAAGCUUCCGGUGUCCUAAUAAGGUCUGUUUUUUUCAUUUCCAGUUACCAAGGAUUUAAAUGUUUGCUGUAUGAAAUACCAAACCGUUUCUAGAUGUAGUUACCGCUUUUUUUUAUACCAACAUAACGUUUUUUUGUUUCAAUUCUCUUAUUUUUUUCAAAUAAAAUGUAAAUAAA